AUGGCGAGGCAGAACGGCCAGAACUUCCGCCGCAUGGGCAAGAAUGGCAACACCUCGUACGGCUCACGGAAGAUGAAGACUGCAGACAUAUCCACGUUACGAGGCUCCGAACAAACGUCACAGAAUGAGAAACUCGAGGCCACACGGCUGGCCCACAAGAUCGACGAAGCCAUGGGCUUUGAACGCUUCGAGGCCGGCAAGAAGAGAGAAGGCUGGCUCAUCAACAUGCACAGCACCAGCGUAGAAGACAGCAAGAACCAAGGAGGUCGCGCGGGCGUCGACUUUUACUUUCUCCAGGACGAUGGAAACACUUUCAAAGCCACCGUUCAAUAUGACCCUUAUUUCCUGGUUGCCGUCAAGAGGGGCAGGGAGCCUGAAGUCGAGGAGUGGUGCAAGAGGUCCUUUGAGGGCAUGCACUCAAUUGACCAAUCUGACAGNCCAAACCAUUUACUCGGACACCGACGAAACUUCCUCAAACUCACAUUCGCCAACGUCGAUCACCUACUGCAAGUCAGGAGGGGUAUCUCGCCCAUCGCCGAAAAGAACAAGAGCAAAAUGAAUGCCAUGGACACGUACGCCGAGGUCGCAACUGCAAACGCUGGAAUCGACAUGUUCGACGACGACUUUGAGCAAGCCAACAAGGCCAGUAUCCACGACGCCAGCGACUUCAUCGUCGACAUUAGAGAAUACGACGUACCCUACCACGUACGAGUAGCAAUCGACAAGGACAUCCGAAUAGGAAAAUGGUACACUGUCGACGCAAAACACGGACACAUCACCCUGACUUGCAUUGAAGAGAGGCUACAACGUGCAGAUCCCGUCAUUCUGGCCUUCGAUAUCGAGACUUGCAAGGCACCGCUCAAGUUCCCUGAUGCGGCCGUUGAUCAGAUCAUGAUGAUCUCGUACAUGAUCGAUGGUCAAGGUUUUCUCAUCACAAAUCGAGAAAUCGUCUCCGAGGAUAUUGCCGAUUUCGAAUACACACCCAAACCAGAGUACGAAGGACCUUUUCUAAUCUUCAAUGAGCCGGACGAAAGAGCUUUACUGGAACGAUUCUUCGACUGCAUCAAGGAGGCUCGCCCAACCAUUAUCGUUACAUACAACGGAGACUUUUUCGAUUGGCCAUAUGUCGAAGCCAGAGCUAGUAUCCAAGGCAUCGACAUGUACCAAGAAAUUGGUUUCCGCAAGAACAGCGAGGAUAUUUACCAAUCAAAUUACUGCGCGCACAUGGACGCCUUUGCCUGGGUCAAUCGUGACAGUUACUUGCCUCAGGGAAGUAGAGGUCUCAAAGCUGUCACUGUGGCUAAACUUGGCUACGAUCCCGAUGAACUCGACCCGGAAUUGAUGACACCAUAUGCCCAGGAACGACCACAGACUCUGGCCGAAUACUCCGUCUCAGACGCCGUGGCGACAUAUUACCUCUACAUGAAAUACGUCCACCCGUUCAUCUUCUCGCUAUGCACCAUUAUUCCGCUCGGACCUGACGACGUGUUGCGAAAGGGUACUGGCACGCUUUGCGAGAUGUUGCUCAUGGUCCAGGCUUAUCAAAAGGAGAUCGUUCUACCCAACAAGCAUCAAGCACCGCGAGAAGCUUUUUGGGAAGGCCACCUACUCGAAUCUGAAACCUAUGUCGGUGGUCACGUCGAAAGUAUUGAAGCUGGUGUCUUCCGCGCAGAUAUACCCUGCAACUUUGCGGUUGACCCAGCGGCCAUUGAUGAGCUGAUCAAAGAACUUGACAACGCGCUCAAGUUCAGUAUCACAGUAGAAGAGAAGAAGUCUUUAGAUGACAUCGAAAACUACGAAGAAGUCAAGGCGCAGAUUCUGGAGAAGUUAAUACAGCUCAAGGAAACGCCAAACCGCAAGGAGAAACCUCUGAUCUACCAUUUAGAUGUCGCGUCCAUGUAUCCCAAUAUCAUGACAACCAAUCGUCUACAACCAGAUUCUAUGAUUGAAGAGGCAGAUUGUGCUGCCUGCGACUUCAACAGACCUGGAAAGACUUGCGAUCGAAGGUUGCCCUGGUCAUGGAGAGGUGAAUACCUACCAGCGAAACGCGAUGAAUACAACAUGAUUCGUCACGCCUUGGAGAGCGAAAACUUCCCGGGCAAGAAGGCGAACAGUCUGCCUCGAAGCUUCCAAGACCUGUCUCUUGACGAGCAAUCGGUACUAGUCAAGAAGCGACUACAAGAUUACAGCAAGAAGAUUUACCACAAGAUCCACGAAGCCAAGACCAUCGAGAAGGAAGCCAUCAUCUGUCAACGAGAGAAUCCCUUCUACGUCGACACUGUCAAGGACUUCCGUGACAGAAGAUAUGAUUUCAAGGGCAAGCAGAAGGUCUGGAAAGGCAAGACUGAAGACCUGAAGAAGGCCGGUGCUUCACAGGCCGAAGUUGACGAUGCUAAGAAGAUGAUCAUCUUGUUCGACUCUCUUCAACUUGCUCACAAGGUCAUUCUGAACAGUUUCUAUGGCUACGUCAUGAGAAAAGGUUCUCGUUGGUACUCCAUGGAGAUGGCCGGUGUUACCUGUUUGACUGGUGCUCGCAUCAUCCAAAUGGCCCGCCAGCUGGUCGAACGAAUCGGACGACCUCUCGAACUCGACACUGACGGUAUCUGGUGUAUCCUUCCCGCCACCUUCCCUGAGAACUUUGCGUUCAAGAUGAAGAAUGGCAAGAAGAUUGCGAUAUCAUAUCCUUGUGUCAUGUUGAACCAUCGCGUUCACGACGGCUUCACCAACCACCAAUACCAGGAGUUGGUUGAUCCUCAGACCUUCCGCUACGAGACGCAUAGCGACAACACUAUCUUCUUCGAGGUCGAUGGUCCGUACAGAGCCAUGAUCUUGCCUACUUCCAAGGAAGAAGACAAGAACUUGAAGAAGCGUUAUGCUGUGUUCAACCACGAUGGCAGUCUUGCCGAGUUGAAAGGUUUCGAAGUAAAGCGUCGUGGUGAGCUCAAGCUAAUCAAGAUCUUCCAAACACAAAUAUUCAAGUUCUUCCUCGAGGGCACCACGUUAGAGGAGACAUAUGGAGCAGUUGCCAAGAUUGCCAACCGAUGGCUGGACGUACUGGACUCUCGUGGUUCCACCCUGGCUGAUGAAGAGCUUAUCGACCUCAUUUGUGAAAACAAGAGUAUGGCCAAGACACUCGAGGAGUAUGGCGCACAAAAAUCGACCGCCAUUACCACUGCGAAGCGUCUUGCCGAAUUCUUGGGCGAGCAAAUGGUCAAGGACAAAGGCUUGAACUGCAAGUACAUUAUUUCGUCACGACCCAGAAACUCUCCCGUCACUGAACGUGCCAUCCCGGUCGCCAUCUUCUCAGCUGAAGAAUCAGUCAAGAGGCAUUACCUUAGGAAGUGGAUGAAGGACGACCCGGGUGACAUGGAUCCUCGUACUGUCAUUGACUGGAACUACUAUCUUGAGCGUCUGGGCUCCGUCAUUCAGAAGCUCAUUACUAUACCUGCUGCCCUGCAAAAGAUUCGCAACCCGGUUCCUCGCGUUGCUCAUCCUGACUGGCUCGAGCGCAGAAUCAGAAUCAAGGAUGAUGUCUUCAAGCAGAAGAAGAUGACGGACAUGUUCACGAAGAAGCCCCUUGAGGCUGCGGACAUCAAUGAAGUCAAUGGAAGGAUUAUCGGGGACCUUGAAGACUUUGGCUCGUCGUCAUUGACUGUGCCGAAGAGGGCUAUGGUUUCUAGGGUUGCCUCAUCUCAGAAGCGCAAGGCCGCCGAAGUCGAACCUGCUGCGCCGAUUGACCCUUAUGCUAGCCUGCCACCGAAUAUGCCUUCCAUCACUGAGGAUUACGAAGGCUGGCUUCAGUAUCAAAAGAAGAAGUGGAAGAUCCAGAAGCAGGCACGGAAGAGAAGACGCCAGCUCUUUGGUGAGAAGAGAGUUGACAACACUGAUGCCAUUGGCAACAUGUUUCGCAACCAAAGUGAGUUGAUGUACAACUCAACCUGGCAGAUCUUGCAGCUCUGCGAGGGUGAAAGCCCAGGUGAAGUCAAGGCUUUUGUUCUGAUCGAUCAGAAGGUACAUCAACUCAAGGUUGUUGUGCCGCGUCAAGUCUUCCUCAACCUGAAGGGAGAUGAUUUGCCUGAUGUCUCUGUUGAUGGUGUACAAGCCGAGAAAGUGGUCAAUUACACCCUUCCCAACGGUCACCCUUCAGUACAUCUAUUCAAGCUCAGCAUGCCUGAACAAGUCUAUAUCAAGGAUGCGGACAAGCUUGCAGCACUCUUCAACCACUCCAGCGUUGAAGGAGUAUAUGAGACGCAAGUGCCGUUGGACAUCAGAGCAGUUCUGGAGCUUGGCAGCACUUGCACCUUCGAUGAGACGCAAGCAGGUGUUCUCGGUAAAGGUAUGACCCAUGGUUUCGACCUGUCAGCACUGCACUAUGUGCCUCCCAAGCAACCUUAUCUGUCUUCUGCUCCCAUGAGCUACCUCUACCUUUACCAUGUCAUUGCUGGAGAGCGCCAGAUCUUCGCGAUAUUCUGUUCGUCCAAGAAAGAGGCUCAAAUCGUUGUCCUCAACAGAUCUCGUGCUGACCAAGGCAUGCCCAACGUCGAUCGCAUCUAUCAAGACAUGUUCACCAAGAAGCUCGAAGAAAACAAUGGGGAGCAAUGGCAAGAUGUCUUUGAGUAUCAAGAAAGCGUUCACUUCAAGACUGUCAACGUCACCACCAAGAAGAGAGCACUGCAAGAAGUUGGCGAUGCCAUCAAGAAGAUUCAAAAGGAGGAGACCAACCCUGUGAUGGUGGUCAUCCAAUCUCAACAGCCUCGUCUACUCAGACACGAUCUGCCAGUCUUGCAAGAUUUGCCUAUGCUGCCUCUGAAAUCUGAUGAAGAUGACAAGAGAUUGCCUCCUCUCGGAUGGCAGUCAUUUGUCGCAAAGAGACUGGUCGGCCACUACCUCGACCUCGGUUCAUGGAUAACACACUUGAUCGAGCUCAGUCGUUAUGGCAAUGUCCCCCUCUGCAAUCUCGAGAAAGACGACCCUCGCUUCUUGAUUGAUAUCUCAUAUGCAAGAAGGUUGCAGAAGGAGAAGGUGGUGCUAUGGUGGUCAGCCAACCCACGUCCAGAUCAUGCUGGCUACGAGAAAGAUGAUAUCCUUGCUGCCAUGGAGACUGUGGACAUGCCUUCGGUCAACAAUCCUGGAACCUACUCUUCAGUUUGCAUCGAUCUCAGUGUCAAGAACCUUGCAAUUAACACGAUCUUGUGUUCUGCAGUGCUCAACGAUGCUGAAGGCAGUGACUCGAUGGGCCUGUCAGUGCCCCCGCCUAACGAAGAAGGCAUCGAAGACAUCUCUCACGUCGUCUCUGGCGAAAACACAUUUGCACAGGCUGGUAUCAUGGCUUUGAGGGAGAUGGUCAGAGCAUGGUGGGAAGAAGCGUGUCGUGGUGGCGGCAUGGCAGAUGUCAUGGUCCAACACCUUGUACGCUGGAUCGAGAAUCCAGGCUCUUUCUUGUACGACAAGUCGUUGCACUACUAUGUGCAGAUGAUGUCAAGAAAAGCUCUGCAACAGCUCAUGUCCGAGUUCAGACGUGUUGGUUCGCAUGUCGUGUACGCAAGUGCAAACAGACUGCUCUUGCAGACCACCAAGGCUGAAGUCGGCAAUGCUUACGCAUACAGUCAGUACAUCCUCAAGACUGUCAAUGCCAAGCCGUCUUUCAAUUUCUUGGAUCUCAGCAUCACGGAGUACUGGGACUAUCUGAUCUGGUAUGACGAGUUCAACUAUGGCGGCAAGGGAUGUGCAGAGGUUGUUGAGGCCGAGAAUCAAACACUCAACACCAUCAUGGAGUGGCAGAUUGGCACAUUUCUGCCCAGGAUCUUGCAACCCAUGUUCAACGAUUGGGUUGUUGAGUACGUUGACCUCAUGCAUGCCCGCAAGAGACCUUCGGGCACUGGAGUCAACGGUGCACCACGUCCUACACAACUCCCGAUUCACGCAUCCAUCUUUGCUUCCGAGAAGGACGACCAAACUACUCCUGGCGACGUGCUAGCAAAGACCUUUUCCAAGCCUUUAGCCAAACAGAUCAAAGCACUGAUCAAACGCCAACGCACAGAAGCCAUGCACGAAGAAUUGGCUUCCGACUGGGUUUUCCCCUCUCUACCUGGCUCCUCAAAGCCACUCCAAAACCCAGUGUUGCAAUUGGUAAAGAGUGUCAUGCAAGUCCUCUCCCUCGACAAAACCAUCACACUGGAAGCCCGUCUGUUGCGCAAAGAGUUACUCCAUCUCUUUGAAAUCCGCGAGUUUAGUGCUGAAGGCGCAUUUGCAAACCCUUCUGAUAGUUUGGCGAUCAAGCAACUCAGUUGUCCUGAAUGCUGUCUCCCUCGCGACAUUGAUCUCUGCCGCGACGGCGACAUCAUCCCCUCCGAGGUUACAGAUACUUCCUCUCGCGUCUUGACCAUCCGCUGUCAUAACUGCGAUGCUUUGUUCGACCGUCUAGCCAUUGAAGAACGCCUACUCUCCGAAGUUCAGAAACUGGUCUUGCAAUGGACGACGCAAGAUUUAAAAUGUGGCAAAUGUGGACGCAUCAGACAGAAUGAGUUUAUGGAUCAUUGCAGCUGUGCUGGAGAGUGGAUGGCCACGGUCAAAAAGGAGGAAGUGCAGAAACAGUUGAAGGUAUUCAAGAGUGUGGGCACGUUUUAUGGUAUGAGGAUGUUGGAGGAUGUUGUUGGGGGUGUGGGUGGCUGA